UUGGGCUCGGCGUAGACCGAGACGAAGCAUCAGAAAGCAAUGAUUUUUGUUUUUUUUUUAAAAGAGGAUAUUCAAAUUCUUCAAAGAAACAAAAACCGCAGCCGUUUUCCGAAGUCUAUAAAAGGAGGAGAUGAAUCAGUCGGAUUCAUCACUGGGUUUUGAUCAUUUAUCCAUUUCAUCAUCUUUCCCUGAAUGUUUGGUGUCGAUCUUCUUUCCUUGAAUAACGACUCCUGGAACGAGUGUAUCCGCAGUUUCCGAAUCUAUCUGAGUGAUUUCCGUUGAUGGGCCCAAGGGUUCAGCCAUUUGGGGAUUCUCCGGAUUCCUUUCACCUUCCUUUCGAUAGAAAUCUCACCGCGGUGAUUAAUUCGUCAAAACCGAACCGGAGACAAGGGAACUAAGUUCCAUGAAAGCGGUGUUCUGAAUCAGGCCUGCAGUCCAGCAAGGAGAGAAGUUGGCAGGUUGUCUUUCCAACAGUACAUUUUUCUGCUGGAAUCAGAAAUUAUGCCUUACCCAUGAAAUCAUUUCAGGGCAGUCUGGUGCACACAACAUCCCUAUUGACCCCGGGUCCAGGGAAAGAUCCCAUCACAAGGGUGUAUUGUAGGUAAACCUUAGGUUGUAUAAUAUUCUGCAAGAGGCUGUUUCCAGAACUCGAACGCGUACGCGUGACCUCUAGAUCACAACGGCAAUAGCUUAACCGGUUAUCAUUUGCUAUGAAUUCUCAUGAACACAAUGAAGUGGACUUGGAAGAUGGCAAGGCGGGAAAAAGUGUAGAGAAGCCAAUCCACGGAAAAAUACCAAAUCAGACUUUGUUAUCUGGCUUAGCUUAUUGCAUUUCAUCUUGUUGCAUGAUAUUGGUGAACAAGUUUGUUCUCUCCAGCUAUAACUUUAAUGCUGGGAUAUCUUUGAUGUUAUACCAGAACUUCAUCUCAGUGAUCAUAGUGGCGAUCUUGAAAUUGGUGGGUCUAAUAUCGACGGAACCACUAACAUGGAGGUUGCUAAAGGUCUGGUUUCCUGUGAACGUGAUAUUUGUUGGGAUGCUCAUCACAAGCAUGUUUAGUUUGAAAUACAUCAAUGUAGCAAUGGUCACCGUCCUGAAGAAUGUCACUAAUGUAAUAACUGCAGUUGGUGAGAUGUAUAUAUUUAACAAGCAUCAUGACAGCAGAGUUUGGUCUGCUCUCUUCUUAAUGAUCAUUUCAGCAGUUUCUGGGGGGAUAACUGAUCUAUCUUUCCACGCUGUUGGCUAUGCUUGGCAGAUUGCUAAUUGCUUCUUAACUGCUUCUUACUCUCUGACUCUGAGGAAAAUCAUGGACACUGCCAAGCAAGUUACUACAUCUGGAAAUUUGAACGAGUUUUCUAUGGUCCUGCUUAAUAACACCCUCUCGUUACCACUUGGGCUUAUUCUUGUUGUUGCGUUCAAUGAGGUUGAUUAUCUUUAUAAAACGCCACUUUUGCGAUUACCCGUUUUCUGGUGCGUCGUGACGCUAAGUGGGUUUAUGGGUCUUGCCAUUAGCUUCAGUUCCAUGUGGUUUCUUCAUCAAACUGGGGCUACAACUUACAGCCUCGUGGGAUCCCUAAACAAGAUUCCUCUGUCCAUUGCGGGCAUAGUUCUUUUCCAUGUACCGACCAGUUUGCAGAACUCUGCAAGCAUAUUCUUUGGUCUUUUGGCCGGAGUUUUUUUCGCCAGAGCCAAAAUGAGGGAGAAGUCCUGAAAAAACCACCAUUCCUCACACUUUCCGGCGUUGCCGAGGCCAAAAUGAUGAAAUUUCCGCAACUCUUCCCAAUUUACUUGAGGCGACGUGGAGAUUUUACGCGGUAAAUCAGGCUGUUAGUUCACCGGCAGGAAAGAGGAUUCACCCCUCUACCAAUUCUAUUCAAUAUCUGUUUCAUGGGAGAAACUUGCAAAACCUAUUCCCAUUGUAUUGUUAGUGAUCCAUCUGGCUUAGUUUUUAGUGGGUGUAUUGGUUCUUGAAUAGAAGAGAUUGUUCAUUCAUGUGGUUCUUUUGGUCUCAUUUGAGUUUGUAACAGUAAAGAUUUGAGCUUUACGACAAGGGCCAUUGAAAACCAAACCGGGUUCGGUUCGGUUGAGAUAAUUGAAAUUUGGCGGUAAAUAUGCCUCGGUUUUGACAAAACCGUGUUGUGUAA